GGUGCAGCUACACUGCUGUGAGGAAAAUGGCUCGAUUCAAGGGUUUGAGCACCCUGGAAAAAUGUCUGAUAUUUCUGUUUGUGGCCAUGACCACUGCCUGCAUCAGCCUUUUAGUCGUCUACUUCGUGGAGAAAGCUGACUCAUCUACUCAUAUAGACGGGGGAGCUUCGGGGUGUGGUGGUUCUCAGGAGCUGUCUGCAGAGACCGGCACCUUCACCAGCUGGAACUAUCCCAACAGCUAUGACAAUGGAAAGAGCUGCACCUGGCACAUCUCGGUGGACCCUGGCAAGGUGAUCCAUCUGUGGUUUGAGGAGUUUGCUUUGGAGGAUACGCAGCUCUGCACGGGAGACUUCGUCACACUGCGAGAUGCUCUGGGAACCAUUGGUAAAUACUGUGGCUACACCAAACCAAAGCCGGUGGUGUCACUGACAAACCACCUGACGGUGUACUUUGACACCAAUGAAAGAAAAACAGACCAAGGAUUCAAGGCUCAUUACAAAGCUGUGGCUCCAGAGCUUGCGCCAGAAAUAGCCGGGGCUGGUGGCUUUCUCCAAGGUGACCAGGGGGAUGUAAUGACCCCCAGCUUCUCUGAGCAGAACUACCCAAAUGGAGCUCUGUACCAGUGGAGGAUCACGGUGCCUGAAGGCGAGAGGGUCCGCCUGCAAUUCAUCUCUUUUGACCUGGUCCCUGAUGCCUGUGGAGACUUUGUUCAGGUCUACGAUGGCUCCAAUGCCGGCUCUUCUUUGCUAGGUAAAUUCUGCGGGGGGACGAUGCCAAAGCCACUCGAGUCCAGUGGCAACGCGAUGGUGGUCCGCUUCAAAUCAGACAACACUUUGACUUCUAAAGGAUUCAAAGCAACUUACACCAAGUCCAGCCUUCCACCUGUUGUUACAACCACACUCAGACCUACAACAACACCCAGACCCUCCACCCAAACCACUCCACUUCCCACAUCUGGUGGUACAGUCAUUCUCAACGGGCGUAAAGGAGUGCUCCAGUCGUUGGGUUACCCAAAUGCAUAUCCUCCUCAUCUGAACAGCUCCUGGAAGAUAACGGUGGCCAAAGGAUUCCUGGUUAAAUUUCAGAUCACUGACUUGGCCAUCACAGGACAGACUGGACAAUGCAAGGAGGACAAACUGAUCAUCUCAGAUGUUUACAGCACUCUAGGCACACACUGUGGUUACAUGAUUCCCCCUAUAAUGGUCAGUGCCAGUGACACACUAUCUGUCACCUUCAAGUCCGACAGUCGCCUCACAGACCGAGGAUUCUCUGCCAAGUGGCAAGCUGUGUAUCCCGAGGAUAUCACAGAAAUCCAGGGCUGUGGCCUUACAUCCAAAGAGGAAACAGGCGUUAUCAAAUCCCAGAACUGGCCUAUGAACUACAAGGCAAACUCUGAGUGCAUGUGGAACAUCGUCGUGCCUUUGGGGAAAAGAAUCACACUGACGUUCACCCACUUUGACCUGGAACCCAGAGAUUUAUUAACAUUCAAAUGCCUCGAUAACUUAGUGGUGUAUGACAUCAACGGUUUGACGAAUGCAUUCAUUGAAAAGCACGGUCCAUUCUGUGGGACGCAGCUGCCUGCUACCAUCCGGUCAAGGAGCCACCGGCUGGUGAUUCGUUUUCAUACAGACUUGAUGCUUGAGGGCAAAGGCUUCAGAGCCUACUGGACAACAAACCCCACUCUGCCUCCACCCACCGAGCCACCCGUUCAGCCCAACCCCUGGGACGACAUCCCCAUAGAUUGGCCCAGUGCAUGUGGGAAACCAGCCAUUCCUCCUGUUGUUGUGUCACGCAUUGUGAACGGCGAGCCAGCCAAGCCUCACUCCUGGCCCUGGCAAGUGUCCAUGCAGGUCUGGCCGGAAAGUCAGCCAAAUCCCAAAUUCUUCCAUACCUGUGGUGGUACUCUUAUUCAUAAAAACUGGGUACUUACAGCAGCUCACUGCUUCAUGAGAUAUGCUGAUGAGCUGCAGCGUUGGCGCAUGUGCCUUGGCAAACACAACCUGACCUACACAGAGCCGAGUGAACGCUGCUUCAGUGUGAGUGGUAUCUAUCGCCAUGAGGGAUUCAAGUAUCCCACAGUGCCCACGGUGGAGUUUGACAUUGCCCUGGUCAGACUGGACUUGCAGGUGAUGCCCACUGAUCAGAUCUCGUUUGCGUGCCUUCCGUCUGAGGAGGAAAUGCUGCCUGGGGGAAAGAAGUGCUACGCCACUGGCUGGGGAGAUGAGACCGGAGAUUCCAUGAAUGCUAAAGUUGCAGAGGCCCUUAACCAGGUCGCCUUGCCUGUUGUGCCAUUUGACACCUGCAAGAGGAUGGAUUACUGGUGGUUCCAGGUCAAGCCCUCCAUGAUCUGCUGUGGUUAUACCCUGCCUGAUGAGCUCAAGUCUGUCUGCCAGGGAGAUUCAGGUGGUCCUUUGGUGUGUCAGGAUACCCCUUCUAGUGCUUGGGAAGUUCAUGGUAUAACCAGCUUCGGCCCUAUGGGAUGCAUUAUGAAUAAGAAGCCCUCUGUGUUCACCCGCUCCUCUGCCUACCUCCCCUGGAUCAGAAAUGUCAUCCGCAGGGACAUGUACAACGAGCACUCAUCUGGCUGUGGAGGGCCAAUGGACUUGAUUGGCGUAGGAGGCAGUGUGUCCUCUAUGGGUUACCCUCAAAGCUACAACAACAGAGCCAGAUGCCAGUGGAACAUCCAGGUGCCCUUAGGCAAACUGGUCCAUCUCCAUUUCCACAAUUUCUCCCUGGAGGAGAGUCAGAUGUGCUUAAAUGACAAAGUCAUCCUCACGGACACAACAGGAAGACUAGGCACACACUGCAGCCAUGUUCCCCCUAAAGACCUGGUGAGUGAUGGAAACAAACUUCACAUCAUCUUCUCCUCCAAUGACAAGGUGGUGGACACAGGCUUUAAAGCUACCUGGAAGGCAGUGGACCCUAUCGAUUCUCCUUGUGGAGGAUGGUUCAGCAGUAAUCAGGGUGAAAUCACCUCUCCUAACUGGCCCAAUGACUACCAAGCCCAGUCUGUGUGCACGUGGCGGAUCACCAUUCCUUCAGCAAAAAGUGUACAUGUAGCCUUCACUCACUUUGAACUGCAAGCUGUAAACGUGUUAGGAAAGUGUAUCGACUAUGUGGAGGUCUUCAAUGGAGAAACCAUGAAAUCACUAGGUCAGUUCUGCGGCUUUGCCCCUCCACCCACUAUCACCAUCCCGAGCAACACAGUCGUCAUCCGCUUUCUCAGUAACGGAAACAAUCAACAGAAAGGUUUUCGUGGUUACUGGACCACUGAUCCCAAUAUUUUCCCAACUUUACCUCCUCCACCUGCUAACCCGUGGGACAAGAUCACUAUCGACUGGCCAGUAGAUUGCGGAAAUCCAGCAGUGAAACCCAACAAAACCACUCCACGGGUGGUUAAUGGGGAAGAGGCGAUCCCCCAUUCCUGGCCCUGGCAGGUCUCCAUGCAGGCCUCACCGAUGUCUCCCAUCCCUUACAUGCAUGGUUGUGGAGGUUCUUUGAUUCACAAAGAAUGGGUCCUAACAGCUGCUCACUGCUUUAUGUUCCCACUGAAUAUCCCCGGUUACUGGCGCAUGUGUUUGGGUAAACACCACAUGAACUCCUCCAUGGACGUUCCCUCAGCAGAGGAAUGCUAUAAGGUGGAUAAAAUCAUCCGCCACGAGGGUUUCGUCUACGAGCAGGAUCGCAAUGACAUCACCAAUGACAUCGCGCUGGUGCAUUUGGCAAAGCCUGUCAACAUGACGAGGGAGAUCAGCCCCAUCUGUCUGCCCAAACCUGGGGCUGUGAUGCCUGCCGGUACACCCUGCUUUGUCACCGGUUGGGGAGACGAGAAAGGUAACCUGUUUCCCAAAGUGUCCGAGAAGCUAAAUCAGGCGGCCCUUCCUAUUGUUGACUUCAAGACCUGCAGUAAACCUACUUACUGGUGGGACGUCCUCAGGCCCUCCAUGAUCUGUGCUGGCUAUGAGUCUCCAGAUGAGCUGAAGUCCGCCUGCCAGGGUGACUCUGGAGGUCCUUUUGCCUGCACGGCUCCUGGAACAGACACGCCCUGGGAGGUGCAUGGUAUCGUCAGCUUUGGACCUCAGGGCUGCAUCAGAGACAAGAAACCUUCAGUGUUCACUCGAGUCUCUGCCUUCAGCGACUGGAUCAGCGACAACAUCAAGAAGUUUAUAUAUGAAAAUGGCAAAACCAACUAAAGCUCAUGUGUU